UAAAUAGUUUUUGAACGAAUCUAUCAUGGUGCGACUUCGGCUAAUGUUCUGAGUUUUUACUGCUUUUCGAUUUUUUGUUUUUAAAAUGUCUUUAAAGUGGACUGGUGGUCAAAGUGACUCCGGUAUAUUAAGAAAGAGUGAUUUCAAGGAGAAGAAAGAAGAUCUUUUCGUGUUCGGCUACUCGUGCAAAUUGUUCAGGGACGAUGAUAAAGCCCUUCACAUUGACCAAGGCAAACACCUCAUUCCGUGGAUGGGGGAUGAAACGUUGAAAAUCGACAGGUAUGAUGCAAGGGGCGCUCUGCACGACCUGUCAUCACUUGAGGCACCUCCGGGAGGCUACGAUUUCCGCGUGGAACUCACGAGGAGUGAGCUAGACGUGGAACAGCUUUGUGAUGAAGAGAGGUACCGCGCGCUCCACACUGAUGAAGAUGAAGAAGAAAUGUACAAAGAGGAGGAGUUGAAGCGUCUACACGCAGCUGGCUACGGUCAAGUGGGGUUCAACUAUGACACCCCCACAGAACCACAGCCUCCAGCGCAACCGCCGGAGGUUGACGAGGAACCGUUCACACCAGCUCCCGCAUUCAGAGCACUCCUUCCAACUGAUACUGUGUUUCCUGAAACCCUCAAACAGAAUGCUAUAAUAGAGAAGACGGCAAAGUUCAUAGCAUCCCAGGGUGCUCAGAUGGAGAUCCUGAUAAAGGCAAAACAGGGCGACAAUCCACAGUUCAAGUUCCUCAAUAGAGAGUCCUCAUUACACCCUUAUUAUACAUCACUGAUAGCACUUGUGAAGGGUGGGAAGUGGCCCGAGAGAAAAGUUGAAGUUGUUGAAGAGAAGCCUCCAGAAAAUGAAGAAUAUCUACAUCCGAGUUUGGCGUCGACUGUUAUCGAAUCUGCUCCAGCGAUCCCGUCCAUCCACUACAAGCCGUCUGCGGACUGCGACUACACGAUGCUGAUCAGCAAGAUGCGCGGCGAGGGCGAGGGCGCGGGCGCGGGCGCGGCCGACGUGGCGCCGCCCGGGACCUCGCCGCCGCGCGCGCCGCCCGCCUGCAUCUACCGCGCGCCCGUCAUGUACCCGAAGGGGCCCGACACCAACCAUGUGCCUCCAACAAUCCCGCCCGUGCUGUCGUAUCAGCCGCCACCGUACUACCAGUACCCACCGGAUCAGAAGAAGCCAACCACUCAGGAUCCACCCCUGCUCAAGUCAACAGGACUCAGUCUCAUGAAGAACUACAAUACUGACUCAGAUUCUGAUGUAUCCGACUUCGACGACAGCUCCUCAACGGACAGCAAAGACAAACCAACCAUCAUCACACCACCGGAAGACGUACAGAUAGUGAUCGACAAGAUGGCGUCUUAUGUCGCACGUAAUGGCGACGAGUUCGCAGACAUCGUGCGCGCUAAGAACGACCCGCGGUUCACAUUCCUAGAGCCAGAUAACCAGUACCACGCGUACUAUAGGCGGCUGAUGCAGCAGAAGCGAGGGAUCGAUGUCAAUGGGAAGGAUAAGAAGAAGAAGGCUUCUGCGCCCGUGUCAUUCUCCAUAAAGAAGCUAAAGGAACCAGAUCCAAUACUUCCAAAGCCCGCGCUGCCGUACGAGUCAAGCUCGGACGAGGAUUCCGAAAAGCAGGACAAAGACAAACAGACAGACAAACCAGAAGAGGUCAGAGAACCGCCGAAGGUCGCCCCUCAAACAUUCCCUAGCAACGACAUUCCUCCCACAGUCGUAUACAAGAUAGAUGGACAGAUAAACGAAGAACCGCCAGUCAAGGCUGCUGAACCUGUAACGGUAGUGGCCAACCCCACACCACCACCCACCAACACCAUUCUACCUGAAGAGAGUGUUUCCAUACCCAAACAAGAACCAAUAGUCACGGUCCCACCAGAAACCACCCAAAAACCAUUGAACCCUGUCACCAUGCAGGUUCAGAACAUAGAGCCGCUUGAUAAAAUAGAAAGGUGUGAGUGGGAAAGAGACAGCCCUUUCGGAAUGGAGAUAGACAGUCCACAGGUAAAGGAGAAUCUCAGCCCUGUGAGCCGGCAAGACACAGACAGUCCCUUAAAGAGACGGGAGAAUCCCUUCAUCAUGAACAAAGAGAGCCCUUUGAAAAAAGAGAGUCCUAGUAGAAGAGAUAAGGAGAGUCCUCGUAGAAAGGAUAGCCCUUACAGAAGAAGCCCUCAUAGAAGAGAUAAGAAGAAACAUAGAGAUAGAAAGAAGGAUUACAGAUCUAAAAGCAGAGAUUCAAGAAGGAGUGAACGUAAGAGUGUAGAGAAAGAAAAGAAGAGGGAGCGAGAGAGUGAGAAAGAAAGCAAGAAGUACAAGCCCAAGCAAGAGGAGUUGGAAAAUGAAAUCAUAUCUUUGGAGGACAAUUCUGAUGAUUUGAUUGAUUUGACUGGAGAUCAGUCGGAUUCUAAAAGGUGA